AUGGUCACGUCCUCAACGACUUCCGGAUCUGCAACCCCAGCUAUGUCUUCAGACCACAGUACACCCCCGUCAUCUCCUGUCCACGCCAGCCCUUCCGAGGCCAAUGCCGCCGUCAAAAACGAACCCUCAGCGCAGUCCGAAACCAAAGCGACCGACGAGGACGACGAUGAUGAGAUGGAUCACAAGUCAAGAGCACUCACGAACCUUCUAAAGACGAGCUCGGUCUUUGUGGCCAUUAUGGCAGAUAGGAUGAAGGAGCAACAGCGGCGCAGUCAGGAGGCGGCUCGACGUGCAGCCAUGAAGAAGCGGAAGAAUGAAGUUAAGGCCGCGGAACCAAAAGGUCCAACUAGGAAAUCUGCAAGGACGCAUGCUGCGGACGAGACAGGCACAACGGCGGGAAGAGGAGAGACUGAGAAGAGCAGUCGAGGCCGAGGGCGACCGCCCAAGAAAGCGAACGGUGCCAAAAAGAGCAUCACAGACUAUUUUGACGCUGAGACCAUUGAGAUUUCUCAAGACGGCCCAACGGUCCAGGAAGCACUUGCAGAGGCUGCCGAUGAAUAUGGAGGAGAAGGCCUUGGUGCUCAGGACCUCAUUGCUACCGAACAACCCUCCCUUGUCACUGGUGGCCAGAUGAAACAAUACCAACUGGAGGGCUUGGAAUGGUUGAAGUCGUUGUGGAUGAAUGGUCUCUGCGGUAUCCUAGCCGACGAGAUGGGACUAGGAAAGACGUUGCAAGCUAUAUCACUGAUCGCAUUCUUCAAAGAAAACAACAUCUCUGGCCCAUUCUUGAUUGCCGCUCCCUUGAGCACCGUGCGGAAUUGGAUUGAGGAAUUCAAGCAUUGGACCCCGACCAUCAACACAAUACUGUAUCAUGGCAGCAAAGCUGACCGAGACGCGAUGAGACGGAAGAAAAUGAAAAUCCAAGACCAGAGCAAACUCGAGUUUCCCGUGGUGGUCACCAGCUACGAAAUAUGCAUGAACGACAAGAAAUUCCUGGCAAAUUACCAAUGGCGAUAUAUCAUCGUGGACGAAGGGCACCGCUUAAAGAACAUGAACUGCAAAUUGAUAAAGGAGUUGAUGACGUACCACUCUGCCAACCGACUCCUAAUAACAGGUACCCCUCUUCAAAACAAUAUCGCCGAACUGUGGUCUCUUCUUCACUUCCUGCUACCCGAAGUCUUCAACGAUCUCGAUAGUUUCGAGAAAUGGUUUGACUUCUCAAGCGUACUGGAAAAUAAGACUGAUGCCGAUGGCAGGGCCCUGAAACGCAAGAAUAAUCUUGUGUCCACCAUGCACGCAAUCCUCAAGCCUUUCUUGCUUCGCCGGGUCAAGACCGAUGUCGAGUCAUCAUUGCCCAAAAAGCGAGAGUAUAUCCUAUACGCACCUUUGUCCUCGGAGCAGAAAGAGCUGUACAGGGAAAUUCUUGCUGGGACAAGCAGGUCGUACCUUGAAGAGAAGGCGGUCGAACGAAUUGAGGCUAAAAGCCGUACCGCCUCCCUCAAACGUAAAGCCAAUGAUAGCGGACGUUCCACGCCAGCGAAGAGCGUCAAGCAAAGCCGCGACUCUACUCCUGGAUCGGUCACAUCCAUGGGAUCGGUUCGCCGUGGUCGAAAGGCAGGCCGGGCUAGCUACCGCGACGUGACAGACCGUGAGUUCAACGCGCGACUUCGUCGACUGGAGCACGGUGAAGAAGACAUCAACCUCGACCGCGCAUCUUCGUUCGAAGAAUCCCGUGAUAUCUCGUCUGAUGAGACGGAGGAAAUUGAACGAGCACAAACGCUCAAGCUAGCUAAGAAAGAGAUAUCGUCAAAGAAAUUACAGAAUCCUAUAAUGCAAGCCAGACUCGCCUGCAACAGCCCGCACAACUUCUACUGGCCAUGGAAGCCCAGUACCGAGGCUGAGGAGGAGUCAGGAGACGAUCCGAAAGUGGAUGACAGCCUGAUCAAAGCAUCUGGCAAGAUUCUUCUUCUCGACACCCUUCUCCCGCGACUCUUCGAAUUCGGCCACAAAGUCCUCAUUUUCAGCCAGUUCAAAACCACUCUUGACAUCCUGGAAACUUAUGCCGUUGAUUUACGUGGCUGGAAAGUAUGCCGAAUUGAUGGUUCCGUGGCGCAAGAAGACCGAUACGCGCAAAUUACCAAAUUCAACACCGAUAAAUCCUAUAAUCUGUUCCUAUUAUCUACCCGCGCUGGAGGCCAAGGAAUUAACUUGACGGCAGCAGACACGGUGAUCUUGUUCGAUUCUGACUGGAACCCGCAGCAGGAUUUGCAGGCGAUGGAUCGCGUACAUCGAAUCGGCCAGACCAAGCCCGUCAUCGUGUACCGGCUAGCCACCCGGGGUACGGUUGAGGAGACUCUUCUUCUGAAAGCGGAGGGGAAGAGAAAACUCGAAAAGCUGGUGAUUCAGAAAGGGAAAUUCAAGUCUCUCCUCUCAGACCUCCAUCCUCUAUCCGGCGCGGAUUUGAAUGAUGUUCGAGGAGUUUUGGCGAACGAUGAUUUUGAAAAGUACGACAUCGCACACUCUGACGGCCAGGAAGCGAUCUUGAGCGAAGACGAGUUGAGCAUCCUGACUGAUCGGAGUGACAAAGCCUACGAGCGCGUAGAGAGGGGUCUCGACAUUGGUGGUGAAGGCAAGGCAUUUAAAGUCGCCGAGACCAAGAGAGGUGAUGGUGGCACUGCGAAUGUGCUGGACGACCUGACAGUCAGAAGGAAGCCUCAACCAAAAACAGAAUGA